CCGGACCCUGUGUUUGACCCUCUGGACAUGUGCCUGCCCCUGGACCUUCUUUUCCCGGUAUGUGAAUUGUAGUUGGUCUCCUAACUGCAUGGCCUCCUCAGCCCCUUCUAAUUCUGUAGAAAGUGUGGCCUGCUUUAGGAAUCCUCUGGCAUUCACUUGAGAAGCCCCAGGGCUUCAGUAGGACAACUCCUUCCCAUCAGGGGAAAGAAGGCUCACAGGGAUAGGCUUGGGAAAAGCUUCCUACUGGAGGAGCUCUUGGGGAAAAAGAAUGCUCAUCAGAUAUGUGCUGGGCGUGUCUGUGGGUACAGGGCAGCAGCCCCCGACCCCUGACCCUAACUUCUUUUCCACCCUCUUGUGACCUAGCUAGGUCAGCCUCCCACAUGGUCUUAGAAAGUUGGAAUAAAGUGACCAUGAUUCCCUAUUCUAGGUCAAGACCAGUGUCCUCCGAGGACUUAAGAGAGAGCCCACAGUCUCAAAAGGCAUCCACCCCAGGUGGAGUCCAGAAAAGCGAGGAGGUUCUUAGCUCCCCGGCAUCAUCUAUCACCCUUAGCCAACAUGAGUCUCAACUGUUUACCCCGCUACACAUGGCCAAGAUGGAGAAAAUGUUUGAGGAUGAUACUGACUCGGCCAGAGCCCUGGACAUGAAUGCUUUCAUUAAGGCCAUGAAGAAGAUUCUGAGCAAUAUGUCAGAUGAGAUGCUGGAGGCGCUGUUUCUGAAGGUGGACACAGACUGUACUGGCUCCGUCACCUGGCAGAAGUAUGUGGAUUACAUGAUGCGGGAGUUCCAGAGAAGGGAGAGGAUGAAAACAAGCCAGUACCGCCUGCGCUUCCACCUUCCCAUGAGGAUCGUCCCCCUGAACCAUGGCUGUGAGAUUGUGAAGGUGCAGUUUUUAACCCAGCGGUUCAAGAAGACGGGACAUCUCCUGACUGUCACCAAGGAUGGGAUCUUGCAGAUCUGGUCUGAGGCCUUCUCGCUGCUUAACUCCUUUAGGCUUAACCAGAUCCAGCAGGUCUAUAACCUGCAGAUGUGGGUCAUCGACAUGGUGUGUCUCUAUAACAUGAACCUGAUUGCAGUUGCAUCUACUGACCAGAAGAUAGAGUUCUUUGACAUUAGCAACCGUAACUGUGCCCGGGCCUUCACCUUCAUUGAUCUGGACAGCUGUGUCCUGGCCAUGGACUACUGGUCUGACUAUCACAGAGGUGUGUUCUGCUACGGGGACACCAAAGGCAACGUCAUCGUCUUCACCUCUGACAAUGUGACCCACGGGUUGUUCAACCCCCGAAUCCUUCCCAGGACCUCCAAAUGGGAUCACUGGACCAAAGUUUCUGCACGGAAGCUCCUAAAUGAAAAGUCCCCUUUGUAUAGGAGUUACCAGCUGAAGGCUCUCCAUCCCAACUGGUGCCAACAGGUCAAGUUCAUCCCCCAGCUGAACACGGUGGCCUCCUGUUCGGCCAUUGAGAAGUCCUCUCUGGUGCUGACCAUGUUGCCGUCCAAAGCCCCAGAGAGCCCCAAGUUUUCAGUGCUGAACUUAAGAAAAGGGAUUCUUUGCUUUGAUUACUGCCCAGACAAGAACUUAGUGGUGACCGGUGGCUAUGACCCCCUCAUCCGCCUGUGGAACCCCUUCUUCUCAAAAAAGCCCGUGUGGAUGAUGAAGGGGCAUCAGACUUCUGUGACGCACAUCCUGGUGAACAGUAAGAAUAGCAGCAUCCUCCUCAGCGUCUCCAAGGACAAGAAUAUCCGCGUGUGGGACAUGCAGGACUACAUAUGCCUCCAGUCCUUCUGUGGGAAGCUUUUUGCCCUGGGGAACUGCCCCAUCACCAGCAUCUACUUCCACAAGAGUGAAGACAGUCUCAUCUGUAGCACCUAUUCGAUUGGGAUCCUCAAAGGGUACUUGGAGACCGAGGAGCCAGGAAAAACAGGGGAGAAGACCACGACCUACAGCUCACCCGUGUGCGCCGUCCUCUACAGCAAGAUUUUUAAGCAGGUGGUGAGCGGCUGCCUGAGCAGCUUGGUGAGUGUGUGGGAGGUGGCGACGGGUAGGCGGACGAUGGAGUUCUCUGUGGCCGGCGACCAGCAGAUGGAGCUGACCUCCAUGUGCCUGGAUGAAUCGGAGCGCUGCCUGCUCACUGGUUUGCGGGACGGCACUGUAAAGAUGUGGAACUACGCCAUUGGUGAAUGCCUACUGGUCUUCCCCAACACGGACCACCUGGAGAUUAGUGGGAUUGUCCAUAUGAACAAAGCGUUCUACGUGACCGGGUGGAGUAAGAGAAUCACUUGUUUCAUGCUCCACAAGGCCAAGCCGGUGCUCAUGUGCUACCACUGGCACACCUUCCACAAGGAGGACGUUCUGAGCAUGGCCAAGUACCAGAACCAGUUCCUCGGGACCUCUUCCUACAAUGGGGACAUCCUCUUCUGGAACGUCAACCUGUUCAAGCCCAUCCUCAAUUUCAACGCCUCUGUGAGCCCCUUGCCUUUGCUGCCCAAGAAGGUCCAAGAAGUGGACAACUUCCUGGCCAAGAGCCUAUGGUCGGGCAAGUCCUGCAUGGAGCACCAGGAGUGGGCUCACAGACCACCAGGGCAGCCCCCGGGCCCCAGAGCCAGGACUGUGGCCAACGCCAACCUGCAACGGAACCUGAUGUCGGCCCCCCCGGUGAUGAAGCACCCCAGAGACAAGCAGCCAGAGAGGCCUGCGCCCCCACAGAAACCUGUCCACUCUGGAAGCCCCAAGCUGUUAAGAACGGCCUAUGGUGCUCAAAGAGGGGAAUUCCAGAAGAAGAUACUGCUGCAAUCCAACGCGUCGGUGGAGAAGAUCAUCUUCCUGCAGACCAGGCCUCGCCAGCCACGUGUAGCCGUCCUGCUGAGCAGCUGCAUCGACGGCCACAUCUAUGCCUGGUCCAUCCACGGGGGUGGAGGCCUGCUGGGGAAGUUCCCUGUGGACUUCCUAAGCCGGGGGGAUGUGGUCGUGGGUGCCAUGGCCACGGAUGAAAAAGACUUGAUCCUUGUCACAGGGGAUUGUAAAGGAUACAUCAAGAUCUGGGACAUCAAGGAUUACUGCACAUUCACUGACAGGUGGUCAUCUCAACCCAGUGGAACAAACAAGUUCCAGUUCUUAAUUCCUGAACGGGUCCAGAUCAACCUCCCACACUACAUCCCCUUGGAGGAGAAGGAGGUUGUGGCUGGCCAGACCAUUUCCCUGGUUCCCCCCAAGCUUCUGAAUUCCUGGAAGGGCCAUUUGGAUAGUGUGGCAGACAUCCUGUAUGUGGAUAGCUUCCAGCUGGUUGUCAGUGCUGGCCAGGACUGUGACGUCAAGGCUUGGAAACUCUCCGGUGACACCAUUGGGACAUUUGGCCUGAGUGUUUGGAAAAGGUUGCAGGAUAUUCAGAUUGUUGGUGAUCUUAAAGUGGGAAAAAGCUCAGAGGAGGAGGCUGACUCUACAGAUGCUGCCCAGAAGGCCUUCCGUCCAGAGCUGCGGGAGCAGCGGGCUCUGGCUGAGGCCCUGGUGUACCAGCGGCGGGAGCAGGUGGUGCUCAUGGCUCUCCUGAAUGGGAAGGCAGACGCGGAGGCUGAGGCGUGGGCUAAGCUGCAGAAGAUCACCCAGACGUCCCCAUGGGCUGGGGAGCGCUCCCCGGAAGACAUUGAGUGUAGCUGGUGCAAGUGGGAGUCCAAGGGCAAGCAGAUGAGCAAAGUUGUGGGAGCAGCGUACAAGCCCAAGGACCGGUCGCGGAGUUCCCGACUCCUGUCCACCCACGUGCAGUAUGACUGGAUGAAGUACCAGAUUUCACCUCAGAUCUACCAAAGCCUGCACUUCAACAGACUGUCACCCACCCACACACCUGACCUCGUGCUGCACAACGUUCUAGAGCAGCAGGGCCCGCACAGCCACCUGGCAGCCCACCAUAGCCACAAGGACCCAGAUCCUGAUAGGGACACCAGCUCGUCAGCCACCUCCCUCCCCGUCAGCGACACCCUCACCCUGACAGCCUCAGACUCCGGGUUCCUGGAGUCUGCCUUGUCCAGCUCCCCAUACCUCCGGGCCUCCCCCUCGGUCCUGUCCCAGGCACCCAAGUACAUCGUGCAGAGGUGGGCGACCCCCAUGCCUGCUGCCUCAUCCGUCGAACUGCUCUCAAGACCUCUGAAGGCCACCUUUCGGUCCUCCACGAAGAAGAGCUAACCGCAUCCGGUUCUAAGGUGGCCCACCCUCUCUCCAGUCCUCCAGCGCAAGGCCCAGGCCCACGGGCCUCCUGUCUGUCCCUGGCUUAUUACCCCUGCUAGACCCAGAAGAUAGAGACCUUCUAUUGACCUCCUUCUUCCCCAGAGUCCUGGAGAAGAAAAUAAAUAUUUGCACAUAUUGGAGUCCCAUAG